CAUUCGUAUUUAUGUUUUGAAUAAAAUGGAAGACGAGUCCGACUCCGAUAGCUCAGUGGAUGAAUUAAAAAUUCAACAACUAAAAGAGGCAGCGGUAUGCGCUGAAUCCAUCGUUACAGAAUGCAAAAAGACAGAAAACAAAGGUUAUAAAAAACAGAUGCCAGCAUCUCUGAGGUCAUCAUCUCCUGUGGCUGAAACGAAUCCUCUGAAUACAACACCAGAAUUUCGUGAUUUUGUCGCCAAAAAGUUGUCAGAACUAUUGGACCAAAAUCUGAAAGAAAAAGAUGAGGCAGAAAAAAAGAAACUUGAAAAUGGAGAACAAGACACAGGUAUAAGGCUUUUUGCUUCCUCCACCACCACAAUAAGAGAUAGCGGUGAAGAUGGAAAAAUACAAAUGAAACAGAAGCCACCUGUGGUCAAGAGAAGGAAACUGAGUAGCAGCAGUGACAGUUCUGAUGAAGAAAUGAGAAUAGCUGAGGCAGCCAUAUCUGUUGAACAGAUCAUGAAAGAAAGUAAAACUCCUCAUAAUGGAACUCAAGAAAAAAGUCAAAAGACAAUAGAAACUGUCAGUGAGAAAGAUUCAGAGGAAGUGUUAAACCAAGUCAAAAAGAAGAAAAAGCGCAAGAAAAAGAAAAGUGAAAUUAAAAUACAUGUAUCAUGAUUUUUAGAGGUUUUCUGUUGUUGUCCAUUAAACACUAAGAGGUGGACCUAUACCUAACCUAAAAAGUAUGUGCACAGAAAUGAAGGAAAGAUUUUGAAAGUUUAGUUGAUGAGGAAAGAGUAAAUUAUUAUGAUGUGUCUUUUUACCAUAAUGAACUCCAAUGAUACCUCAAACAACAUACGCAAUACCACUAGGCCACACAUACAACAAUUUU